GCAACAAGAGACAAGCGGAAUGUGCAGGAUGUGGUGACAUCACCCCUCCCCCAGCAAGUUCUGUUAAGAAGGGGGAGUCCUGAACUUACCCCCAAAUUCCACUACCUCCGCUCCGUUCCGACACGAACGCCGGAGCAAAAUCGGUCCCGUUGUAGUCAAUCAGAGCUAUUCCACUACUGCGGCCGUGCUCCGGCAGUGCGGCGCCGUGCGCGACCCUCUGUACCGGCGUCCGGCAAAAAUAGAAUCGAUCCUAUUUUUGCCGGACGCCGGAGCACCUCCGCAGUAUAUGGACAGAAAUCACUGAUACCUGUUUGGAUGAGGGUUGCCUCCAAACACCCAGAGAGUCACAUCCUGCUCCGUUCAGGCUGGGAACCCAUCAUCACAGCCAUGGUCAUCAGCAGUGUUGGAAGACUUAUUCUGGACAAGACUGUGUCUGAUGAAAACUUAGUGGGAAUUGUUGUUUAUGCUCCAGUCAUAAAUGGUGUUGGAGGAAACCUCGUCUCCAUCCAGGCUAGUCGUAUCUCAACUCAUCUGCAUUUGAAUUACUCACCCAGAGAAAUUCCUGACAGCCAUAAAAGCUGCUUCAACCUCUGUCACACCUUCGUUGGAACAGGAUCAAACCAACGUUCUGCUCGAGUUCUGCUCCUUUUGGUUCUGCCUGGUCAGCUGAUCUUCUUACACAUUAUUCACUUGAUGAAAGGAGGCCUCACAUUGCCCAGCCCUCUCUUCACAGUGUUCUUCCUGUCAUUUUCCCUGAUUCAGGUCUUCUCACUGCUGUGCAUAGCUGACUGGAUGGUCCACUGUCUGUGGCAGAGGAGCAAAGAUCCGGACAGUUAUUCAAUACCCUACCUGACAGCUCUUGGAGAUCUUCUGGGGACUGCUUUACUCUCUCUGUCCUUUCUCUUACUGUGGUGCAUUGGCGACCCAGGCGGUGUAUAGAGUUACAAUGACAAGCAGAAACAAAGUAGCCUAGUGAACUAGACCAAAUUCUUGCUUUGCAAAGUUUGGUCUAGGCACGCUCCAUUGGAACCUCCGCAGCUCCUACCAGGACUCUGGCUAGCCAAUCACAGAGGGGUUUCAAACACAUAAAGAGCUGUGAUUGGUCCAUAAUGGUGGGCCAAUCAUAGUGCUCUAUCUGCUUAGUGAACAAAUCACAGAGCUUUAUCCGCUUUGUGUGCCAAUCAAGGCACUCUAUAUGCCUGGUGGGUGGGAUGAUGCAACAGAGUGAAACAAGAGUAUGUCACAUUCAUUGUCCAGUGGAAUGCGGGGAUCAUUUGAAAGACAACGGUAGAACCCGCCCCACAACUGAGAGCCGUCAAUGGAGCGUGGCCAGACUAAAUAAUACAUUUAUUUAAUCUGGCUUGCCAGGCUAGAAACAAACAACAUUCACAACAAAAACCUGUUUUCAUUUUUUCUAUCAUGACCUAAGUUGAAUAAAGUACAAGUAAGUUAUUGCAGAGAUGUCUUAAAAGGGACAUAUUAUGCUUCUUUCUGUGCUGCUAUGUUAGUCUACUGCUUCUACACACUUCCAACAUGAAACAAACUAUCAAUCUGUUUUCUGUUUGUGUUUGGUUUUAGAAAUUACUUGCCUAAUAAAAAUAGCUUAAAAAGUC